AUGCCGACGCGGUCGCGCGCGUACGUCGGGGACGUCGCGUGCGUGGCGUCGUUCGGCGCGCGCGGGACGCUGCUCGCGGGCGCGGGGGCGUCGAUUCAUCGAUUCGCGCUCGGGACGGAUGGCGCGCGCGGAUGCGGCGCGAGCGGCGCGCGACGCGUCGCGAGCGCGGCGGUGUUCGAGGCGCAGGGCGUGCGCGUGCACGGCGUGCGAGAUUUACGAGACGGGGAGACGUGCGCGGUGUGGGGCGAGCGCAGGGUGCGAGUGAUGCGGCUGCGGGACGGCGACGGCGACGGCGACGGCGACGACGGCGACGGCUGGACGGCGGAGACGCCGUUCGCGCCGUUCGCGGCGUGGGUGCACGACGUGCGCGGAAUCGCGGAUGACGACGGCGCGCGCGGGCGCGCGAUGGCGAUCGGAUUCAGCGAUAACGCGGUGGAGCUGUGGAGGCGAGACGCGGAGGGCGACGGUUGGACGCGCGCGGAACGCGUGGAAUGCGAGUCGAGAUGUUUGCUUUAUACGCUCGCGCUGAGCGCGAGCGAGACGUGGGCGGGGAUGACUGUGGCGGCAGGAACGAUAUUUAACGACGUGCAGCUGUGGUGCGUGCGCGAUGGGGCGGUUCGCGUGAAAUGCGUCGGGCACGAAGGAUCGUUGAUGCGCGUGCGAUUCGGCGAAGACGGAGACGUCGUGUACUCGUCUUCGGACGACAGAACGGCGCGUGUGUGGGACGUGCCCGAGAACGCGAUGGAUUCAAACACGUGCGUUUCCGUUCGCCCGAGCGCGGUGCUGGCUGGUCACGUCGCGCGCGUAUGGGAUUGCGUGCGCAUCGACGGCGAACGGCCCGUGUACGCCACGGCGGGGGAGGAUUGUACGGUGCGCGUGUGGGAUGCAAAUAACGCUCGUGGUACGGAGACCCUCGAGCAAGGCGUCACGCGAAGACCGCAGUGCGAGCUCGCUGUACUUCGAGGCCAUCGUGGACGUGGUAUAUGGCGCGUGUGUAAACUAAAAGCGUUCAACGGCGACGUCGUGCUCGCGAGCGCCGGCGCCGACGGCAGCGUAAAGAUUUGGAACAUGAGCGAUUGGACUAGCGCAAGCGCGGGACAGAAAGACAGCAUGGCGCUACACGAAAGCGUGACGCCGUGUCCCGACGGUAAGCUUACCUCGGACGAUGCCGCAGACUCGACGGACAUCGAAAUGCACGAGGAACCCGCUGAGAGCGCUUCGUCGAAAAAGCGCAAAAAGAAGAGCAAACGCCGCAAGAGCUUGUUCGGCCCGAACGACGAGUACAUUCGCGCCGUUCGCAUCGCUCGAUACGGUGUGAUAUACGUAGCAACGAACUGCGGAAUCUUGUAUCGCGUAACGAUAUCAUCGAAAGGCGCCGCGUGGGUGUGGGAGCGCGUAUGCGAGAGCGCGUCGCCACUCAUGUCGAUGAGCGUCGAACGGACGGAUGAUUCGGACGUCGUCGCCGUUUCUGAUUUGGAAGGGAUCAUAAAAAUUGCUCACAUUUCGUGUCACACGGGCUCGUGCACGAAUUUGAUUUCCUUCAGAGCGUCCGAAACUCGUGUUUUGAUGGAUGUGUUCUUGAAGAACGGGUACGUGUUCGCGUCCAUCGUAGGCGGCGUCAUCAAGUGUUGGCGGCGCGACGAAGUCGAACAGUGCGUGUUCACUUUGCGCAACCCGUACAAACAUCGAAUAUUGGCGCUUGACUAUUCCGAAGAAUUGCAAAUAGUCGCCGUCGGCGAUCAAAAAGGAAAUUUGUGUGUUUUCGACGCGAAUACGAAAGCUGAUGAUCUCGUCGUGCUGGCGAAGAAGUGGUCGGCGCACGAAAAGGCGUCUUCCAUUAACGCGUGCGAAAUCCAUCCUGGUCCAGUGUUCAUGACAGGCGGACGAGACUCGAACGCGUGCUGUUGGAGUGUUUCCGGAGAUGGUGAACUCGUGUUGGAUACGAAAUGGACUGCACCGUCGAAAGCGAGUGUGCUCUUUUUAUCCGCCACCGCAAACGGCGAUUUCUCGCGCGCGGCUGGAUUUCGCGAGACGGACUUUGUCGCGUAUUCCGUAAGCGAUCAACGUCAGAUGAUUCGCAUACCUUGUCACGCACAAAAUGUACCGCACGACGUUUUUAUGGGUGACGGCGAUCGCAUCAUCUUCGUGCAUCGAUACAAAACGUCGCUUCACAUCUCGAUGCGGUGGUCCGAGCAAGACGUCGUCGAGGACAAAUCCGGUGCGCUUUGGUCUCAUGGACGUGAGAUACACACGAUACGCUUCGUUCCACCUCCAGGUAGCGCAGAGAACGCGCCGCUCGGUGUCGUUUCCGGCGCUGAAGACGGAACAAUCAUGCGGUUGCUUUACGAUGCAACGCGACGAGAUGGCGCACGUGUGUACUCUCCGAGCGAUAUUUGCAAGCAUCCAGGAGGGCGAACGGUCAAAUCGUUGAGUAUUUACAAAGAGAAUGACCACUCGUACGUGUUAUGCGCCGGAGGCGCGAAAGAAGUCUUGCUCGCCUUUCGUCUGACGUGGUCGCGCGACAAGACGGGUGCGUGGGACUUCAAGUCCGCCGCGCUCGUCAUACCAAAACCGGAAGAUAAGCCAGGCACGCGAGCUUGGACCAAAGGGUGCGGGUACGUCGAACCGAGGGCGGAAAGUGACCAGCGAAUCAUGGACGUGGCCACGUACGCGCGCGACGGGGAAAUGCGCGUACUUUACUCGACGAGUCUCGGUGCCGUGACCAUCGUCGCCAUGAGCGAGAUAAAUCGAGCAUGGCGUAUGAUUUCGUCAUUGAAACAUCAUUCGUGUCCAGCGCUCGCCGUGGACGUGCUUGAACGCUCAAGGGUUUGGGCGUGCAGCGGUGGCACCGACGGUGGCAUCGCCGUGUGGCUUCUCGACGAUGCCGAAGUUGCCGCUCCCGUGUGCGUGAUAGAACGCGCGCAUCAGUCCGGCGUCAACGCCCUAUGUAUAUCACAUACGUCGGAUGAAAACGUCUUUAUCAUCGUCAGCGGUGGAGACGACCAAACUUUGCGCGUGCAAGAGUUUCGCGUCGACGACGCGUCGGCAUCGCCGAGUCGCCUCGCCGAAUUCAAGUUUUCGCACAGCUCCGCGAUGCGAAGCGUCUGGUCCGACGGCUCGCGUAUCAUUUCGACAAGCGUCGAUCAACGAGUGAAAAUAUGGGACAUCGCAUCGCUCGACGCGCGGUUGGAAAUUGUUCCUCGCGAAGGCGUCGUGACGCAAACGCCCGAACCAGAAGCCAUCGACGUGCAUCGCGCGCGAGACGGCGCGCUCACGCUCGCCGUCGCCGGACGCGGGUUCGAGUUGUACGACAUCAAAACAUAG